AUGUCCCUAUACCACGAGGCCGCCGCCAUUCUGACACAUCCUGAAGGCGGAAGCCUCAAGUCUCGGGUGUUUGGUGCAAAAAAUCUCAAGUCACCCCCCGCCCAAGUUUAUGCUUUGGUGCUGGAGACAUGCAAAUGGAGCGCCAUACUCAAGGAGGUUGUUGACAGCUCCCAGCUGCUAAACCAUGAGCGCAGGCUGACGCCCCCUCUGGCCAUCCUCCUCGCCCAUGACCUUCUGCUAGCAAAAGGCGGCGUCGCCCUGCCGGCCUCGCACGGUCUGCGCGUUACCAUCGAGCGCCAUAAGGCCCGUCUGUCAUCGGAGCUCACGCGCGCCCGCAUCAGGAGGAAGGCGCCCACGCUAGACGCCCUUAGGGCCCAGGUCGACGAGGCGACGUCGUCCGAAGCCGGACAUCCACGCUGGGUGCGCGUGAACACCCUGAGGUCGUCACUUGCCGAGCAGCUCGAGACGACGUUUUUUCGCUUCUCAAAGGUCGACUCCGUCCUUGAUGUCGUCACCAAGGGUGCCGGUGGCGGCGCCGGGUCCUCGGCCAACCGCAUCUACCUGGAUGAGCACGUGCCAAACCUGGUAGCCAUCUCGCCUGGUUCGGAUAUCACCAAGACCGAGGCAUAUAAAUCCGGCGCCAUAAUCCUGCAGGACAAGGCCUCGUGCUUCCCUGCUUACCUGCUGGAUCCGCGGCCGCAGGAUGGAGACGUCAUUGAUGCGUGCGCUGCCCCUGGAAACAAGACGACGCAUGCGGCUGCGGUUCUGGAGGAGUACCGUGCUGCAGCAGGCGUAAAGGAGUCCAAGGGGUUUCGUCCUACGGUGCAUGCUUUUGAAAAGGACUCGAGGCGCGCCGAGAUCUUGGCUAAGAUGGUCAAGAUUGCAGGCUCAGAUUCUUUCACCGUCGUGAACAAGGGCAAGGACUUCUUAAAGGCGGACCCCAACAGCCCCCUGUACAAAGAUGUGGGUGCCCUACUUCUAGACCCGAGCUGUUCCGGCAGCGGUAUCGUAGGCCGUGACGAUGCACCGGAACUGCAUCUCCCUGAGGCUUCCGGAUCGGCGAACAAGGGUCAGAGCAGGGACAAUGCAAAAGGAGGUAAACGGAAGCGGCAAGAUGAACAGGAUCGCAAGAGCAAGAAGAACAAAGCCAACGAUCAGGAUGGCGAGCAAGAGGAAGCAGGUCGUACUUUCGUAGACGAUGACGGUCAGACAACAAUGGCGUCGUCGGCAGCCGACCUCGCCGCGCGCCUGGCCGCACUCUCGUCCUUCCAGGCCACGCUGCUCGAACACGCCAUGAAGUUCCCAAGCGCCAAGCGCAUCACCUACUCGACCUGUUCUAUUCACGCCGAGGAGAACGAGGGCGUGGUCGUCAGGACGCUGCGGAGAAACCCGGGCUGGAGGAUCAUGACGAGGGAGGAACAGGUCGACGGCAUGCGGAAGUGGCCCGUCCGGGGAGAGGUUCAGUUUUGUGAGGGCGACAAGGAGGUGGCCGAGGGAUGCAUCAGGGCGUACAAGGGCGAUGGGCAUGGGGUCAUGGGGUUCUUUGUUGCCGCUUUUGUGCCGAAUGAAGACGGGCAAGCCAUGACAGCAGCUCCAACGGUGGCCACCCCAGAGGCCCGCAACGAUAUGAUGGAUCAGGACAAUGAUAGUGACGACAGCGAAUGGGGUGGCUGUAGUGACUGA